AUGGCUCAACUUUAUAGCAACCACCUCACGGCCGCGGCAGCGAUCGGCGACCUUGCCGAAAUCCGAUAUCUCAUCGACCAGGGUGCUGAGAUCAGCGCACGGGGAGAUGACGAAGUUACUCCGCUGAUAGGCGCAGCCAUGGCAGGCAACGGAGACGUAGUAACAUUACUACUGGACGAAGGUGCCAAUGUCAGGAUUCGGGACGUACACGGCCAAACGGUUAUUAAGUUAGCUCUCGACCAUGGUCAGAGUCAUAUCGCGCAAGCUUUAGCUGACCGUUAUCCCGACAUGGUCAUCACGGACCCACGACUGCCCAAAGGAGAAGCCUGGCUACGUGCGCAGUUUCGCUCCAUCACAGAUCAUGUAAAAGACGACUCAAGCAAGCCUAAUACUGCUUUGGUGGAGCGAUUGAUUAGCGGCAACCUCGGGCCAGUCGAAAACCGGAAUGCCUCCGAUGUUUAUUGGGAGCAUAUUGGCUUAUGCCUUAUUGGAAACCGGCCGCUUGACAUCGAGCGGAACUAUUCCAAAACAUUGCGACAGUGCCGCAUGGGUACUUUCAAUCGAUUUUUCGAAGGUCACAACGGCAUUCGACAAUCAAUAGAACUGCUGCACAGCAAGCUACCAACAACGCAGUAUGACAUAGUCGAGACUGUGGUCAGGCAGACCAACAUAACGGAUGGUUGGGUGACGGAGCGUUGGGGCUAUUACGACCCGGAAAAUCAAAUUCAGGUCACCGACGGUAUCGAUACCUUCCUUAUCGAAAAUAGCAAGAUUGUGGUUAAGUGGGCGAACUACACCGUCGAAGACAAAUUGGACGACCCUCAGUCCGUAUAUGAGAAAAUUGGGUUCAGACCCUCGUCCCAUGAUAGUUAA